AUGCGUCCUUCAUCGCUGUCCUACGGCCUCCGGGCUCUGAAAACCUCUCUCCCUAGAACAGCUAUCUCCCGCACAACCAUUCGCCCAUUCUCCCAAUUGAUCAACCGCCUACCUUCAUCCUCAACACAACUCCCAAAGCCCCAGAGACCAACCAUCACAUACCACGUACUCAGAUUCAAUUAUUCCUCCUCCUCUUCCUCAACCGGCCAGUCACCUCUCACCGACCGCCAAACAGAUGCGCAAUCCGACGCCCAACAUGAAGAACAGAACCGCCUGCGCCGCGAACAAGAACCCGCAUACCAAAUCACCUUCACCUGCAAACCAUGCGGAGAACGUUCAUCGCACCGCAUGUCUAAGCAUGGAUAUCACAAGGGGACGGUUUUGAUUCGGUGCCCGUCUUGCCAUAACAGACAUGUUAUCGCUGAUCAUCUGAACAUCUUCUUCGAUAAGAAGACUACGUUGGAGGAUAUCAUGGAGAAGCAGGGGGACAAGGUCACGAGGGGUUACUUGGAAGGUGACAUGGAGUUUUGGGAUGAUGGGGUUGCGUUUAAGAGGGAUGGUCAAGGGGAGAAGUCCGGUGAUGGACAAUCGUAA